AUGCAUAAAAACACCUUAUAACAUGCAAACGGAAGAGGGAAUAAAACGGGAAUUUUCUCUUCAGAGUUCGCUUUUUAAAUGAUAUAUGUUAUGAUAAACAUAGACAUAUCCCCGUAAUGAUAGGUGUCUGUUUUCCACAAAUGAAACUUUACAAGUUCAUCACAAAUGCCCAUCUUUCCCCUGAUCUGUCUAAACAUCGAGAUCGUAUCUACGGUACACUAAAACAUCCUUGCGGUCAUUUCGACCCGCUAUAUUGACCAAUCGCGUGUAAAACCACGCAUUUGUCUAGCGUUAAAAUCACCAACUAUUACAUGAUAAUUACAAGGUAAUUUACAUUACGAUUAAAUAUACAAGAUUAUGUAACUGAAUGUACUGAAAAACUAAAACAAAGACUGGACAAAACAAAAAUAGAAUCUGAAAACGAAACAAACUUUCGCGUAACGUCAUUUACUAUGCGCUUUAUGCAUACAUUGUGCAAGAGGGUCAACGAAAGUUCAUUCUAACGAGAUAUCAUAUAAGCUGUGGUCAUUGGCUGACCACUGCAUUUAGUAGUUAGAGCAGGAUCAUAUUGUACAACCCGAUAUUGGGAAUAUUUAUAUUAUUAAUACAAAGCGAAACUUGGAAUUUUAAAAUAUUUAAAACGUGAAUGAAAACGAAAUCAAAAUGAGUGACGCGGCGCUGGACCUCUCCUCAAAGUCGUCGUCGGCAUUCGAAGAUCGAAUUUCCCGACGAUCAUUCACGGAUGACACGCCGCCUUCGCCACAUACACCAGUCAGAACAUUUUCAUCAUCCGACGGAAAUGAAAGUGAUUCUUCAUCAAUACCAUCCUCUGCAAUAAAACCAGUGCCAGGACCUAUACCAACCAAUCUGCGAGAUUCUCCAUGUUCAAAUCCAGACAGUAAUCAUGACAAAGGCGAAUCUUUGCCAUCAUCUCCGACGACGCCAUUAUCUGCUGGUGGCACAAGUCGUCCUUUUAAAUCAUAUCCAUUAGAAAGCAUGUCAUCGGUUUUCUCAUCACCGGCUUCUGCAGCACUUCUCGCCAGUCAUUCAUCCGGAUUACCGACGGGUUUGCCCGUCGGUAUUGGACUUUCCUCAUUAUACGACAGUUCAGCCACGUUUCCUUCAUUUCCAGUUACACCAUUAACAUCGCAUCUUUUACAAAGGAAACGAAGGGCAGAAAGUCGAUCUAGUUCUAACAACAAUCAGGACAAUACUUCAGAUUCAGAAAACAAAAAACUUAAACAUGUGCCUGAAGAUAAAAAAGACAAUUCUUACUGGGAGAGAAGAAGAAAGAACAAUGAAGCUGCGAAAAGAUCUCGAGAUAAUAGAAGAUGUAAAGAAGAGGAAAUUGCAAUGAGAGCUGCUUUUCUGGAACAAGAAAAUCUCAAACUUAGAGCUCAGGUAGCGAUUUUGAAAAAUGAAACUGCUAAACUGCAUUACAUGCUAUAUAAUAGAAUUUAGAUGCAAUUUCUCAAAGACGCCAUUUUACUCAGGAGAUGUGAUGUGCUCGUUCGUAAUCAGUUGUGUGUUCAGGGAUCUAUUAUUUUUAUAAGCUGAUAUUGUACGUGUGUGACUUUUUUUGUUAUCAUUGCUAUCAAGAUAAUAGGAACUUUAUUGUGCUUAUUAAUUACAGUUUACAUUAUUAUAGAAGGAGAGAAAGUAAUAUUAUAACAUCUAUUUUUUUGUAAUGUGAGAAUUGUUUAGAUAUUGCGUUAUUUUACGGUCAAUUGCAUUACAUUUUUAACUAACACUAUCAUAUAAUUGUUUAUUUUGAUUAAAUAUGGAUAUUUUCUAUCAUAGUUACUCAGGGACAAUUUACAUUUAUUCAUUUUUCAUUAAAGAAUUGAAUGUUUAAAUGUACUGCUUGCCAUGUAAGAGCGUUACCUCAAUGACGUCAGAUAAUGAAAAAAAAACAUAUCACACUGGUUGAAUAAAAAAAUCUUCUAAAAUCAACGAUGAUACUGUUCACUGGAAUGGACAAAAACUGUCAACCACUUUCUUGCCUAAAUAAGAUUAAGAUGUUUUCAUAAAGUUUCAGACUUUUCAGGGCUUUGAUCUUUGAUUGAUUUUCUCUUCGUUUAAAAUGUAUGGUAACAAACCAAACAUUUGUUUUUACUUUUCAAUACAAACAUAUUUAUUAAUUUUUGUGUAAAUGAACGUUGUUACGAGUAUUAUGUAAUUGUACGUAUUUGCUAAAUGAGAUAAUAUAUUUUUACCUUUGCUUUCAAACAAAGGGGCUAUACACCCGAAAAUACCUCAUGGGCUGAUGUUGGUGCAUAGAUGUUCGUAUAAAUUAUUUGGAAUGAAUGUUUAAAACCUAUUUUUAUAACUUUAUUUUUUUUCUUUGAUUACAAAAAAAAUGGCAUUUCCUUUCCUGAAUUUAGUUAUUAUUGUAAAAUAAUGAUUUUCAUCACAAUCAUUUCUUUCUUGUGUUAGCUUGCAUCUUUAGCAAAACUGAUAUUGGAAGAGAAUUUACACCCAGAAUUAACUUACUAUUUCAAGCCAAAUAUCGAUUGAUAUUUGUAUUAAUUUCUUAUAUUCUUAUUCUUUAAAAUAACAGUGCUGUGCUAUUAGAGUAUUAAUUUUAUUUGUUAUGAAAGUAGUGCUGAUGUAUGAAUAUCAAAACAAAAUAUGUGUUUUAUAUUAUUGAUGUAAAUGAUAUACUUGUUAUGCAUAAAUGUGCUAUAUUUUCUUUUCUCUCAAUUUAUUUUGUAUAUUUGAUGUUUGAAAUAAUAUUUAUAAGUUUUGAGAUUUUGUUGUCUUGGAAACAAGUCUGAUAUUCUAACGUUUGAUUGAUUUUAAAAUAUGCUAGAAUAUCAUUUCGAUAUUUUGAUAAAAUAUUCUCAGGAAUUUUUUCUUUUUUAUUAAACCCAGGGACUACCUUAAUUGUUUUUAUUUCUUUUCCUUUUUGGUUUCUUUUUCAAGUCGACUGUCGGUGACCAAUUAAUUAUCAAUUUUCGAUUUUUUUCUCAUUUCAUUCAUGAGGAGGAACAAAAUGAUACGGGUAUCUUAAAUGAUUUACUUUAUGUUUAUGAUGAUUUACUUUCAUUUCUUUGUACAUGUAUAUCAAAAAAGUCUAACUUCCUUCUUUUU